GAAGUCUGGCGUUCCGUUGAUCUCCGGUCGACUCGCCGCUAGUGAUAUGUCUGUUGACAUAUAACAUCUUUGUACACAGGCAGAGUCCACACUCGACUUCACCUCCGACUGUACCACUCCUCACCUCUGCUACAAAAACAAGUCGUUGUGUUGAAGUAGCCAUACAUUUGGUGAUUCCUGUAAGUUUUCAAACAGAGACGAAACAACUCCCGACCCAGAAUGUCAGAUUUCGACAGCAACCCGUUCGCGGACCCGGACUUCAGCAAUCCUUUCCAGGAUCCAUCAGUGACACAAGUAACACACACUGUUCCUCCAGCAUUGGAGGAGUACAAUCCCUUCACAGAUGCCAAACCAACACUACCGGGUGUGGUGCCCAGGACGGCGGGACCCACCAUCAACACACAGCCGGCCAUUAUGAAACCCACAGAGGAGCCUCCAGCCUACUCGCAGUCUCAGACGCAGGAGCAGACGCGAGCAGCCACUGAGCUGCUGAGGAGACAGGAGGAGCUGGAGAAGAAGGCUGCAGAGCUGGACCGUCGAGAGAGGGAAAUGCAGUCACUCAGUGCCUCAGGAGGCAGGAAAAACAACUGGCCUCCACUCCCAGAGAACUUCCCCGUGGGCCCGUGUUUCUACCACGACAUCACAGUGGACAUCCCAGUCGAGUUUCAGAAGACAGUGAAGAUCAUGUAUUACCUCUGGAUGCUUCACUCCGGGACGCUGAUUGCCAACAUGUUUGGCUGCCUGGCCUGGUUCUGUGUGGAUGCAUCACGAGGGGUGGACUUUGGUUUGUCCAUGCUGUGGUUCAUGCUCUUCACACCCUGCUCUUUUGUCUGUUGGUACAGGCCGCUUUAUGGAGCAUUCAGGAGUGACAGCUCGUUCAGGUUUUUUGUUUUCUUCUUCGUGUACAUCUGUCAGUUCGGCAUUUAUGUUCUCCAGUCCAUUGGCAUCACUGGUUGGGGGGCCAGUGGAUGGAUCUCAGCUUUGACUGGCCUGAAUCAUAACAUCCCAGUUGGCAUUAUAAUGAUCCUCAUUGCUGCUCUCUUUACCUCACUGGCUGUCCUGUCACUCAUUAUGUUCAAAAAGGUCCACGGGAUGUAUCGCACCACUGGUGCCAGCUUUGAGAAGGCCCAGCAGGAGUUCGCCACAGGCGUCAUGUCCAACAAAACAGUCCAGACGGCGGCUGCUAAUGCAGCCUCCACUGCUGCCCAAAGAACCUUCAAAGAACAGAUCUGAUUGGCUCAGAGAGCCCACCCAUCUCUCCGUACGGUCCACUGCCCCUGCUCUGCUCACAGUGCGACACCCAGCUUCCAAUGAGCCAGCUGCCCUGUUUGAAACACAGAAAGAAAUCCCAGCCUUCUGAAAAGAUGUAAGAGGUUUUUGUGAAAGCACUAUAGUUGGCACCUUGCUUCUGCCCACCCAGUCACAAGUGAUUUAUAAUCUCAGUCGGACUGAGAGGGUGAAAGUUGGGAGCAUUCAGACAGGGCCUUGGCUCUCUCUUACUCUCGUACCCAGUGGCCUCUGCACUUCUCCACCCAUCCCAGAAACAUUACGCGCUCGUGACUGACUCUCGGACCCCUCACCUACACUGCACUCCUACCAGCGUGCUCGACUUUGUUUUCUGUGUGUGUGUAUCUGUUUGUGUCUGUGUGCCUUUAUGAAUGUCUAUAUCAGCGUGAAGCCUGUCUGUCCUGGGCAGACAAGACAGAAACGUAUUCCAUGUAGCUGAACCAAGUCCGAAACGGCCUGGGCUUUUCCCAGACCGUUUUAGGCAUUCUCACUGUACUCGUGUAGUAACCAUCAACAUUUCCUCCUCUGUGUAUCAGUGUUUGUUGUUUGAUUUUAUUAAUGUAAUCACUACUUUUUUGUUAAGAAUUAGGCUUAAUUAUUGCACAAUGGGAAGUCACCUUGUUAGUGAUGCCUACCGGUAUAUCAUCUUAUAGUUGUCGAUUUAUGUACAUUUAACAGCAUUCUCACCUUUACUGUUAUCUUAACUUCAUCUUGUAGAGGAGCUUGUUAAAUGAGAAUAAGACUCCUCCUGAUGCUGCCCCCUGGUGGAGCUGUUUGGUGUUGUCACAGAUGAAUGCUGUGCAUUCUAGUACAGGGCCUUCCUUUGUGUUCUUUUAUGUUCUUUUUUUCUUCUUUCUCUUCUUCUUUACUCAGAUUUGGGUUUCACCAGGUGUGUAGUCUUACUUCCUCAAGUUAGCUUUCAAGUAUUUGUUGCUUGAAGUGUUUUGCCUUUAAAGAUCUACAUGUCCUUCAUUGUGAAAUAAUGCCAAGUUGCACCUUAAUCUAGACAUUACAUUUUUCUGUAUGCACACUGCAGUUGGUGCGUAUUAAGACAGUCAUUUACAAUGGUCUCCUGCACAUAAGUGAAGAUGCGGAAUACAUACAGGCGCCUUUGUGAUAGCCCAGCAAAGUUUUCAUACAUGGCCGAUCUUUGCAUCAUGUAAAGAAUUUCUCCUCUAUCAGCGGUUGUCAAAGUGGGAGGCAGGCCUCCCAGGAGCACACCAAACAGUUUAUUAAUUAUCACAAGGAACCUUGCCGUACAGGACUAAAUAUCUUUUUAUUCGUUUAAAGAGAGUUGAAAGUGCUGUGUAAUUUUACGAACUGAGGGUCAUCUCUUUUUAUGUAUCUGUGUGCAGUAAUGUUGAACAGCAAUAUUUGGCUUUCUUAGUUCAAUUGUUUGAUGUCUGUGGGACCAAAUGGUUGCUACGUGAUCCCAUAGAUAUCCAGGAAUGGAGUGCUACUGGGUGAGGGGGCUGAGGGGAGGCCCACAGUCUGACUUUGAAAACCCCUGCCCUACAUCACUGAUUGUCCACUAGGGCUAAACGAUAAAAAAGAAAUCCAUAUUGCCAUUCAUUUUACAGAUAAUCUAAUUGCGAUAUGAUUCACAGUUUUAGUAGGAAUGAUAACUUGGCGUUAUAAUUUUUAUUUCUAAUUAAAAAGCUAUUAAAAUGAUUUUUGCUGUGGCCUUACAUCUUGAAAAUACAAUUUGUAGGCCAGAGCAUCUCUGUAGCAUCGUAAUAUUUUAUUUACAACAAUGGUCAGCUCCUGCGAUUUGGAUAUUGCACUCGGCCAAAUUGCAAUUUCGAUAUAUAUUACAACAUAUCGAUUAAGUGUUCAGCCCUAAGGUCCACUAUUAAAUACAGUUGCAUGUUUGUGCUGUUUCUAAUUUUUGAAGAGAAAGUGCAAGUUGUCUCCAGCCUGUCUUGGGUAAUGGAGAUUUACCUCAGUUUUACUCAGGAUAUACUCUUCACUUGCAUGACAAGGAAAAACACAACACAAGCUCUCUUGGUGAAAAUUAGAAAAAGACUAGCUUCUGUUUUGAAAACAUAUGCCCUUGCAACAGAAAAUGACUUCUAGGAUUACAACAAUGGUCAGUAAUACGGACUUGCCGACUGCUGGUAAUUGCUUGUUUAUUCGUAAACUGGCCGUUUGAGGGAUUGGCUGUCACCGAACUUGAACGAGACCACAAACCAGUGCUUCACUUGUGGAGACUGGAUUGUUUGUGUAAAUCGGUCUGUCUUAAGUCAUCCAAAUCUUGAAAUGCAUUCUACCUGCUGUAAUUUCUUUGAAUGUGUCUUUUUGAAUAUGUGACUUGUAUGUUGUGGCUCUUCAACGUGAGCUGCAAAGAGUGUGAGAGUAUGAGAGUGCAUAAUCACACCGUGUGUUGGUUUCAUGUUCGAGCCAGAUAAGCCUGCGUACGCAUGUGUCUUUUGUGAGUGUAAAUAGAGGGGAUUGGGCCUUUUCAUCUAUUUACCAGUCUUAAUGUGUGUGCAGGGCAGAGUUUGGCUGUGGGUCUGGGAUCCUUUUGACUAAUUGAACUCUUCCAUUGAGGCUUUCUGCAAGAUACCUGUGUUGUGCUCUUUGCUCACUUGCCUUUCUUGAUUUUAUACUGACUUGAUUUAGACCAAGUAGUACCUUACCGUGCGUGCGUGCGUGUGUGUGUGCGUGUGUGUUUAUGCAAGUUUUUAGGUUUAAGACUUGUCCUGCUGCUGUUUGAAAGUGAUUCCUGAUGAAUGGUACCUACUAAAAUUGUCUGCUACUUUGACUUGCCCCCCUCCCUCCCAAAAAAAAAAAAAAAAAACAUGUUAAAUAUGAGAAAGGCAGUAGACUGCAAUGCAAUGUGAACUGUGUUGUAGAUGGACUGUGGCUUUAAGCUGUGCUUUGUAAUCAGUAACGUGGUAUGUGGUAGUAACACUGAGAAUGACAUUCAAUUUUUUUUCAUACUCAUCUCUGACAAUGAGCAUUUCUGAAAUUAUUUAAAAGACAUUAAGGGAUGUUUGUAUAUUUUGUAAAAUGUACAGCUGGUCAGGUAUUGCUCUGGCUGUCAGUGUACUUUUAAGAUGCACUCUGGUUUCUCCUUCAGUCGCAUGCUGAGUGGUUAGAGUUUUGUAUAUUUAUUGUAUUAACACUUAAUAAAAGUCUUCUUC